GAUGGAAACCCUAAUUCGCUUUCUAUAUAAUGCUAAAAAAACCCUACCUUCAGCAACCCGAUUAUCUGCAGCCGUAAAACAUGUCGAAGCGAGGGCGUGGAGGUUCAGCCGGAAACAAGUUCAGAAUGUCACUGGGUUUGCCGGUGGCAGCCACGGUGAACUGCGCUGAUAACACUGGUGCUAAGAACCUUUAUAUCAUCUCAGUUAAGGGAAUCAAGGGCCGCCUUAACCGCCUGCCCUCUGCUUGCGUCGGAGAUAUGGUGAUGGCCACCGUCAAGAAAGGGAAGCCCGAUCUCAGGAAGAAGGUCUUGCCAGCCGUCAUUGUGAGGCAGCGCAAGCCCUGGCGCCGAAAGGAUGGUGUUUACAUGUACUUUGAAGACAAUGCUGGUGUCAUUGUGAACCCGAAAGGAGAAAUGAAAGGUUCUGCCAUAACUGGUCCAAUUGGAAAGGAGUGUGCUGAUCUAUGGCCAAGGAUUGCAAGUGCAGCCAAUGCUAUAGUUUAGGAAUUGAAAUUGUAGAAGCUUUUGUUUAACUGCUUUGGAGUUCGUUAUACUUUGUAAUAUUUAGUUUUUGAUUUUUCGAAAUUCCUUUUGGAUUGUUUUUUUGUAUUUGAUUUUGGGUUUGAAAAUAAAUGUACUUUUAUGC